AUGGCUUCCGAAGGCUCCAAGGAUAUACCUGUGCGGCCCGCCGCCGAAGCUCAGAGUGGCCAGGCUGUUGAAGCCGCCGCUGCCCCGCCAAACGAUGCGAAAGCGAAAUCGAAGCAGGCCCCGAGCGCCCCCGUCCUCCCGGACUUUAUGAUCGAACGAAACAAUCUCUUCGAUGAGCUGUGGCAACAGCACCUUGAAGAGACAAAGUCUCGUCCUCACCCGGAAAUCAAUGUGACCCUCGAUAUCGGCGACGGUAACCCCUCCUCGGUCCCCGCCAAAGCCUUCGAGACGACCCCGGGGUCAUUCCUGAGGGAUGUACCCAAGGAUGUGAGCGCCAAUGUGGUCAUUGCCAAGGUGGAUGGAGAACUUUGGGAUUUGAACCGUCCCCUGGAAGGCGAUUGCAAGGUGUCUCUGGUUCCCUUCACCAGCCCCGAAGGUCGGGAGGUGUUCUGGCAUUCCAGUGCCCACUGUCUUGGCGAGGCAUGCGAAUGCGAAUAUGGAUGCCUUCUUUCCCACGGUCCGCCCACCCCGCAGGGAUUUUUCUAUGACAUGGCCAUGCCUGAUGCACGUGUGGUCCGAGAGACCGACUGGCCAUCGCUUGACAGUAAAGCGUCGCGUAUAUUCAAGGAAAAGCAGAGCUUCGACCGAUUGGAGGUAUCAAAGGAGAACCUCCGCAAGAUGUUCGCGUACAGCAAAUACAAGCUACACUACAUCGACAAGCUCGUGACCGGGGAGAAGAGUACGGUCUACCGUUGUGGCACGUUGGUAGAUCUCUGUAGGGGCCCACACAUUCAGAACACCGGCAAAAUCAAGACUUUCAAGAUCAUGCAGAAUUCGUCGGCCUAUUUCCUGGGUGAUCAGUCUAACGACUCUCUUCAGCGGAUCCGCGGUGUCGCUUUCCCGGACAAGAAGCAGAUGUCGGAGCACCUCAAGUUCUUGGAAGAGGCGGAGAAGCGAAACCACCUGAGGAUUGGUAAGGAACAGGAGCUGUUCUUCUUUGACGAAGCUUCUCCUGGCUGCCCUUUCCUCCUUCCCAAUGGAACAAAGAUCUUCAACGCACUACAGGCUCUUUUGCGGGGCGAAUACCGCAGGAGAGGCUACCAAGAGGUCCAGACCCCCAACAUGUAUGAUGUGGGCAUCUGGAAGACAUCCGGUCACUGGGCUCAUUACUCGGACGAUAUGUUCAAGUUGGAUGUUGAGAAGAGGGAGUGGGCUUUGAAGCCCAUGAACUGCCCCGGACACUUUGUUCUGUUCGGCCACCGUGACCGUAGCUACCGUGAACUUCCCUUGAGAAUUGCCGACUUCGGUGUUCUGCACCGGAAUGAGGCGUCUGGCGCACUGAGUGGUCUCACUCGUGUUCGCAAAUUCCAGCAGGACGACACGCAUAUUUUCUGUACUCAGGACCAGAUUCUGUCCGAGAUUGAGGGUCUUUUCGACUUCCUCCAGUGUAUCUACGGCCUCUUUGGCUUCACCUUCAAGCUGAAGCUCUCCACUCGUCCCGAGAAGUACCUGGGUGACCUGGAGACCUGGAACUACGCCGAGGAGCAGCUCAAGAAGGCCAUGACCAAGUUCAAGGGCAAUGACUGGGUUAUUGAUGAGGGCGACGGUGCCUUUUAUGGACCCAAGAUUGACAUCACCAUUGCUGAUGCCCUCAAGCGCGAGUUCCAGUGCGCGACCAUCCAACUGGAUUACCAAGCCCCGAUUAACUUCAAGCUGGAGUACGUGACCAACGAAUCGUCCCAGGCGGCUCCUGGGCAACCGAAGGAGGGCGAGGCCAAAUCUAAUGAGCCCACUACUGGCCGUGCACGGCCAGUCGUGAUUCACCGUGCCAUCAUCGGCAGUUUCGAACGGUUCCUGGGUAUUUUGAUCGAACACUUUGGCGGCAAGUGGCCGUUUUGGAUUAGCCCUCGCCAGAUCUUGAUUGUACCGGUCAUGCCCGCCGUGAACGACUACGUCGAGGAGCUGCAGGAGAUCCUGCGGGGCGAUAAGUUGAACGUCGACAUCGACAUCAGCGGCAAUACGAUGCAGAAGAAGAUUCGCACGGGCCAGUUAGCCCAGUACAAUUUCAUCUUCGUUGUUGGUGCCCAAGAGAAGGAGUCGCGCUCCGUCAACAUCCGUAACCGCGACGACCCGGCGACACAGAACAAGGGAGUUAUGGUGCCUCUUGAGGAGGCACGGGUCAAACUCAAGGCUCUUCGCAAGGAACGGCGAAUUGUGAGCUCGCUGUAG